UCCCACCUGUCAGCGGGUCAGCUCCAGCCCAAGUGUCCUCCCUAGAACACGGAGCGCGCUCUACUCGUCAGCCUUCCAUCGGCGCCACCGCCCGAAGCUUCUAGAAGGCGAUGGCGGAAGCUUCGAGAACCUCGGAGGCGCGCCGGGACGCCGUGUUCGGGCGGUGGGUCGUCUUCUCGCCGGCGCGCUCGCGCCGGCCCACCGACCUCAAGUCCCACAACCCCACCGGCAACCCUAGCCCCGGCCCCGGCGCCGGCGCCCCCAAGCCGUCCUGCCCCUUCUGCGCCGGCCGCGAGUCCGAGUGCGCGCCCCAGAUCUUCCGCGUGCCGCCCGACGACGCGCUGCCGUGGCGGAUCCGCGUCAUCGAGAACCUCUACCCCGCGCUGCGGCGCGACAUCGAGCCGCCGCCCGAGCCGGAGGUGGUUGACGGGGAGGCGGAGGCGGAGGAGCAGCCCGGGGAGCUCGCCGUGCGCGGGUUCGGGUUCCAUGACGUGGUCAUCGAGACGCCGCGCCACGACGUGCGGCUCUGGGACCUGGGCGCCGAGGGGGUCCGCGACGUGCUGCUCGCCUACGCGGCGCGCGUGCGGCAGCUCCGGGAGCACCCCGCGGUGAAGUAUGUUCAGGUGUUCAAGAACCAUGGGGCAUCUGCUGGGGCGUCAAUGGCACAUUCACACAGCCAGAUGCUGGGAACUCCCUUUGUCCCUCCCUCUGUGACAUCUCGGCUUAACUGCAUGAAGGAGGUUUUUGAUAGAUCAGGGAACUGCAGCCUUUGCGAGAUUAGGUCCAAAGAUACCCUGAUCUGCGAGACGCCCAAUUUUUCUGCCAUUGUUCCUUUUGCAGCAUCAUAUCCAUUUGAGAUAUGGAUUAUUCCUCAGCAACAUCUUUCUUAUUUCCAUGAAAUUGAUAAGGAUAAGGCACUGGAUCUUGGGUCUCUGUUGAAGACAAUGCUGCAAAAGUUGUCUAAGCAGCUCAAUGACCCGCCAUUCAACUUUAUGAUCCACAGCGCACCAUUUCGGCUCUCAUCAUCCUGCCUGCCUUACACACACUGGUUCCUCCAGAUAGUGCCCCAGUUAAGUGUAAUAGGUGGGUUUGAGCUUGGAAGUGGGUGCUACAUCAAUCCAGUUUUUCCUGAAGAUGCUGCCAAAAUUUUGAGGGAACUUGACUGUUCAACCUAGCUGGUGGUUGGUAUCUGAUUGUUCCCUAAAUAUGAAAGAAAGCUAUGUUCCACAAUACUUUUCCUGAAAGAAAAAAAUAGCAUGCUAAUAAUCCAAGUGGACAGCUAACAUGAUAUGUAACAGCAGACCUUGUUUUGGCGAGGAUGAUCUGCUGGGGGUUUCACUAAACUUUUAUCUGAAUUCCCCGGCAAAUAGCUAUUGUCAGGCCUGCAUGCCAAGUGUUUUUUUUAUUUAUUUUGUGGGCUGUCAGGUUGAUGAUUGCAUGUUGAUUGUACAAUUGGGUUAAAAACAGAGUUUUCCAGACUAAUAAAUUGUUGAUCUUUCUGACA